CCCCACAGUGAGCUUGACAAGGCAUCGUACCUAAUGGCAAUUACCGUCAUCGACGGGGGCACAACGAGAACCGGUGGGCGACAAACGAGGGUAGACCAGUUGGUAGGUAGGAUAGGAAAGAGAAUUCGUUAAAGUAGGGUAACGGGAAAUACUUAUCACUGAUCCACGUCCGCCACCCGCCGGCCUCCGCCGUGCCCCCGUCGAAGGCUGCAGAUCAGUCCCAAGAACGGGAUGGUUUUGACGCUCAAAUUUGAAGGGCUUGUUACUACGGUACUGGAGCACAGAUAGAUGUCAUCGGCCCCAUGCCAAAAGGAGGGGGCGAUAGACUAGAAGGUAAGGCUAAGGGGAGAGCCCCGGAACCCCCAAUACCGGUAUUGCGUUGAGAAUUUGUCAAGGGUCGUGCACUCCAUAAUUCCCACUGUUCCGCGGACACGGAAGCGGAGCACGAGGAUGGCUGCGGAGAAAGACAUCGAACAACUCUCUCUCGAAUUCCUUACGGUUAGCGGGAUAAGGUUGCUGUAAUAACGGUUACAAAGGAUUGAGGAAAUAUUACUCGAUUUUCAAUUCCCAUCUUUUGACAAUGUUAUAUUAUGAGUACUUGGGCUAAUGUGGGGGGCUCCAAGCUUACGGUAGUCUACUCGAGCACCGGUGGUCACAUCACGAGCUUCAGUUAUCGGAAAGAGUACGGUACUUGAGUGUGACAGCUCUGUCGAGAUUUCUGAACUCCCUCGGGAACACCGUAGUCCACCGGGACAGCACAGGAUGCUCAUCCAAAGUACGGUAACCGAAGGUGCUGUUCAUGCUUCAACUUCCCCUUCUUUUUUUUUUCUCUCCUUUCACAUUUUCUUUUUCUUGGUAGGUUGCUUUUCACAUUUGUUAUCCUAAAUGGUAAGAAGCUUUUCAGCCAGUCCAAGUGGUGACCAAGCGACGAAAUGUGACAAGUUCCCCCCGAUUCAAGAGAUGUAAGGAGGAGAAAAAGAAAUAAAAAGUCGUGGUUGCCAACAUGCGUGGAGAGAAGAUUUACGGUAUCCUGAAUUGUUCCAUGAUAUCGCCCGCAUUCUAUGCAUUCUUUCUUUCUUUUCUUUUAUUUUCUCUCUUUUUUUUCACUUCUACUCGAGUACCAUACCGGUAAUGCGGUGAUGAUGCUUGUACUACAGCACGGUACUCGAGUAUGGGGUUGUUAUUUUCUUUUUUAGCUGCAGGGAGAUGCAACUCGAACUGCAAGAACGAUGGAUGGCGGACUGAUUACGGUAUUGAACCCAGUUCAAGCGAUGGGACCAGGGCUCGGCUCCACCGGAACCCGCCGCAGCCUCAACCAGUUUGGCGGAAAAAAAGAAUUAUGUGAUAUUAUUCCAUACUUUAGCUCACAUGACCCAGGGCAAGGGCAAGGGUCCUUCAUUACAGGUAUCUCUUAUCCUAAGAAUCUCUAACUCCCUUUUGAAGCUAGCUUCUCGUGCUUCCAACCCCCUCCCCCACCUUCAACUUUCCUCCCACCUCGAUGCACUCCCAAGCACCAACAAACAUUUCCCUCCAACACCACCACCACCACCCUUUCCCCAGUUCUCGCUCUACUACAAAUCCCUCGCUUUUCCCCCCUUCGCUUCCCCUCUCUCUCCCCUACAAGGCCCCCUAGCACCAACUUCAAUCAUGUGUGGUAGGUAGCCCCUCCUUCAUCCCUCCUCCUAUCACGAACCACCUUUUUUUCUUCUCUCCUCCGCUCACGGUUAGACACAGGUAUAUUCGCUUGCCAUAAACAUCCCGAAGUUCACAAGUUCAAGCCCCAGGCUUUGCAAUUGGCUAAGGCGUAGGCUUCUCCAACCAACCCCUCUGGCUCCAUUCGAUCCCCCAAUAGAUAGCUAACGGUGUUUGACAGUGUCCGCCAUCGCGGCCCGGAUUGGAGUGAGCCCCCCUUCUCUCCCCAUUCUGUUGCUCUGGGGGGAAUUUUCUAACUGGAUAUUCCUAUUUAGGUGGGAACAUUAUUUCCAACAACACGAGUAUGUAGAUUCAAGUUGUUCCCAGGGCAAUCACAAGUUUAUCUAACAUCACCAGUCCUUACUCAUGAGCGUUUGAGCAUUGUCGGAAUUGGUUUGUGCCCCCGCUUUAUUCCUGAUUUCUUUGAAUGGCCUACUAAAGUAAACUAGACAGCGGAGCCCAGCCUUUGGUUAGCGACGAUGGUACCAUAUUCUUAGCUGUCAACGGCGAAAUUUACAACCAUAGGAUCUUGCGCAAGCAGCUCAAGCCUGAAGUGACAUUCAGGACACAUUCCGACUGUGAGGUUAUCUUGCACCUGGUAUGGGAUUCCGGCCGAGUUCGGUUGUGGGACAGGCGUCUAACAAGGUCUCAUAGUACCCUAACCAUGGGAUCAACACACCCAAGCUUCUCGAUGGAAUGUUCUCUUUCGUCCUCUACGAUGCAAAGAACGAUCGCACCAUCGCAGCUCGUGAUCCCAUCGGAAUUACCAGCUUCUACCAGGGGUGGUCCUCCAAAACUCCCGGCGCCGUUUACUUCGCCUCGGAACUUAAAUGCCUUCACCCAGUUUGCGACAAGAUUGUCUCGUUCCCCCCCGGUCACAUUUAUGACUCCGUCACCAAGAAGACGACCAGGUAUUUCGAGCCUACAUGGUGGGACCCCAAGAUGGUUCCGUCCACCCCGGUCGAUUACAAGCUUAUCAGGACCACGCUUGAGAAGUCCGUUAGAAAGCGUUUGAUGGCCGAGGUUCCCUAUGGUGUCCUUCUCUCUGGUGGUCUUGAUUCCAGUCUCAUCGCCUCUAUCGCUGCACGUGAAACGGCUAAGGCUAAAGCUAAGGCUGGAGUCAUCAAUGGCUCGGCUAUCCCCCAUGAACUGGUUGGAAUUGAUGAUGAAGACGAUUCCACCGUUACAGCCUUGCCGGAAUUGCAUUCGUUCUCCAUUGGCCUCCCUGGCUCCCCCGAUACAAUUGCAGCAAAGAGAGUCGCGAAGUUCCUUGGGACUGUCCACCACGAGUUCAACUUUACCCUGCAGGAGGGUCUUGAUGCCCUUAGAGAUGUCAUUUACCAUCUUGAGAGCUAUGAUGUGACCACCAUUCGCGCCUCAACCCCUAUGUAUCUGCUGAGCAGGAAGAUCAAAGCGUUGGGUGUGAAAAUGGUUCUUAGCGGUGAGGGUUCUGACGAGAUCUUUGGUGGUUAUCUGUAUUUCGUCAAUGCCCCUAGCAAGGACGAGUUCCACGACGAGACUGUCCGAAGAGUCAAGCACCUUCAUCUCUCUGAUUGCCUCCGGGCGAACAAAUCUACUGCCGCCUGGGGGGUUGAGGCUCGUGUUCCCUUUUUGGAUAAACAGGUAUCCCCCAUAUGGCCUACUCUUUGCUCGGGGGCUCUGUCUAACAGGUAAUAGUUCCUUGAAGUUUCUCUCAAUGUGGAUCCCGCCGAGAAGCUUAUCACCAAGGAGCGCAUUGAGAAAUUCAUCCUGAGAAAGGCCUUUGAUACUAGCAACGAGCCAGAUACCAAGCCUUACCUUCCCGACAACAUUCUCUGGCGUCAGAAGGAGCAAUUCAGCGAUGGUGUUGGCUACGGAUGGAUUGACGCACUCAAGGUAAUUAAACCCCUACUCACGCACAUAAUACUAGCCACUAAUCUCUCUCUAAAGGACACCGCCGAAAAGAUGGUCUCAGACGAGCAAAUGAAGAGUCCCAAGCCCGAAUGGGGAGACGAUGUGCCUGAUAGCAAGGAGGGGUACUGGUACAGAUGCAUGUUUGACGAGCAGUUCCCUGCCCAAUGUGCCCCAACCGUUAUGCGUUGGACCCCAAAGUGGUCCAAGGCCACUGAUCCCAGUGGAAGAGCCAUCUCUACCCACGUUGCCAGAUACGACCAAUAGUUAUGGAAGGGGUCUUGUGUGGGGAUUUUAGCUUUUUUUCGGAUUAUUUUUUAGUUGUCUUCAUCUUUUUUUUUUGUCUUUUCUUUUUCUUUCCUUUUUUCUUUUUCGCCGGGGGUAUAAUCUUGGUUUGCCUUUAAAAGUUCUCUCUGAGUGUACACCUUGCGCAUGUAGCACAAUUCUUCGAUAGUUCUUGCCCUCUGAUAAAUCCUGUCAAUUUUUGUUAUUUUUGGGGCGACGAAAUCACCGCUGUACGUGUUAAAAAAAUAUAGGGAGGGACGAGGAUCGGAGGCAGAAUACAUAAUGCCUAUUCCAAGAACAGACAGCACCAUGCGUAGGUUACUUACCGGGGUUUAGCAGUCACAGUCAAUGGUCCACCCCAUGCCAGGAAUACCCUCCGGACAUCCUUUGUUUGCCAUAAAAACUCGAAUAAAUGGACCACGCGCUAUGUAGUCAAGACUCCUCUAUCAAAUGGGCGAGAAACGCACCAAAAAGUCUACUCUUCGAGACAAAUAAAAAGGAGAGGAAAACACUAGACCCGUACCGGGAGGCAAGUCCAACCUCCCGGCACGUGGUCCGUUUAUUCGAGCACUUAUAAUAAGGGCCUGUUUCGAUUUCCAGAGAUUGGGAUUUGUGAGAUUGGUAAUCCAUGGAUUACCAAACGGUGAACAGGAGAUCAGA